GAACGGCAGUGCGGCCUGUAAUCAUGGCGCUGUUCCCAGCCUUUGCUGGCAUUGGUGAGGCUCCCAAUAGCGGCAGCGCCAGGAAAGAAUUAGAUUGGCUGAGCAACCCGAGCUUUUGUGUUGGAGCCAUACCCUCUCUGAGCCAACAGCCUGAGGAGGCCACUGCCCUGGUUUCUGAAGGGUCAUCGCCGACGAGGAGUCCCCUGAAAUCAGAGCCUUCAGAUGAAAGUGAUGCUAACAGAAAGCCCAGACAAACGAGCAGGAAAAAGAAGAAAGAGAAGAAGAAGAAGAGGAAGCAUCACCACAAGAAAACCAAGAGAAAACGUGGGCAGGCCAGUAGCAGUGGCUCUGAGCCAGAUAGUGAGCCUGAAAAGGACAAAACUUCCAGAAGCACUGGAGACAGUAGAAGGGAAUCUGAGAAGCCAAGGCAAGAAGGUCAUGCUGCUGAUGAUGUUGGGCGUCGCUUUGUUUGGCUUGAGGACGUGCAGGCUCUAACAGGAGAAACCUUCAGAACAGACAAGAAACCGGAUCCGGCCAACUGGGAGUAUAAGUCCCUCUACCGAGGAGACAUAGCAAGAUACAAGAGGAAAGGAGACUCCUGCCUUGGCAUUAACCCUAAGAAGCAGUGUAUAUCCUGGGAGGGGGCUUCCACAGAAAAGAAGCAUUCGCACAAGCAUGUUGAGCGCUAUUUUACGAAGAAGAGCGUGGGACUGAUGAACAUUGAUGGAGUUGCCAUUGGCAGCAAAACCGAACCUCCGUCAUCUGAGCCGCUCUCCUUUAUCCCCGUGAAGGGCCCAGAUGAUGCGCUUCCUCCCCUUACGACCUGGUUGAACCCUCUGGGCAUUUACGAUCAGUCCACCACUCAGUGGUUACAAGGACAGGGUCCUUCAGAGCAAGAAUCAAAGCAGCCAGACUCACAGACGGACAGAGAGAGCGCACUGCUCAAGGCCAAGGUGGAGGAGUUCAACCGGAGAGUGCGCGAGAGUCCUCGCGACGUGCAGCUGUGGAUGGCCUUUGUUGCUUUUCAGGAUGAGGUCAUGAAAAGCCCCGGCCUGUACGCCCUCGAGGAGGGAGAGCCGGAGAAGCGGAAGAGGUCUCGGAAGCUGGUGCUGGACAGGAAGCUGGCCAUCCUGGAGCGGGCCAUCGAGAGCAACCAGAGCUCCGUGGAGCUGCAGCUGGCCAAGCUGGAGCUGUGUGCCGAGUUCUGGGAGCCCUCCGCGCUGCUCAGGGAGUGGCAGAAGCUGAUAUUCGUGCACCCCAACAAGACGGCCCUGUGGCAGAAGUACCUUUUAUUUUGCCAAAGCCAGUUCAGCACCUUCACCGUCGCCAAGAUCCACGGUCUCUAUGGCAAGUGCUUGAGCACGCUGUCCGCGGUGCUGGACGGCAGCAUCCUGUCGCACCCUGCGCUGCCCGGCACGGAGGAGGCGGUGUUCGGUGUUAACCAGGACCCCUCCUUGCUGUCCCCGCUUUCAGCUCUCUAUCUUCAGCACUGCCACUUCUUGCGGCAGGCCGGCCACUCGGAGAAGGCCGUCGCUCUGUUCCAGGCCAUGGUGGACUUCACCUUCUUCAAACCUGACAGCGUGAAAGACCUGCCUACCAAAGGACAGGUGGAGUUCUUUGAGCCCUUCUGGGACAGCGGGGAGCCCCGGGCUGGGGAGAAGGGCGCCCGAGGCUGGAGAGCGUGGAUGCAGCAGCAGGAGCGAGGCGGCUGGGUGGUCAUCAGUCCAGAUGAUGAGGAGGAGGAGCCAGAAGACGAGGACCAGGAAAUACGAGAUAAGAGUCUGCCCAGGUGGCAGAUCUGGCUUGCCGCUGAGCGGUCCCGAGACCAGAGGCACUGGCGGCCGUGGCGCCCUGAUAAGACCAGGAAGCAAACCGAGGAAGACUGCGAGGACCCAGAGAGACAGGUGCUGUUCGAUGACAUCGCACAGUCUCUGAUCCAGCUCUCCAGCCUGGAUCUUCAGUUCCAGCUGGUCACGGCCUUUCUGCAGUUCCUGGGUGUGCCUUGUGGCUUCAGCACCCCGGCCUCCUGCGUCUACUUGGCCAUGGAUGAGGACAGCAUCUUUGAUAACGGGCUUCAUGAUGAAAAGCCACUGACUUUCCUCAACCUGUCCUUCAAUGGCAUCAGCUGUGUUGGCCGCUCAGACCCCCUGGGCUGCCGUCGCUGGACCCGCGGUCACAGUCGAGAGGGCGAGGAGUUCAUCCGCAACGUCUUUCACCUUGUGAUGCCUCUGUUUUCAGGCCAGGAGCGGUCCCAGCUCUGCUUCUCCUGGCUACGGUACGAGAUGGCGAAGGUCAUUUGGUGUCUGCACACUAAAAACAAGAAGAGGUUAAAGUCACAAGGAAAGAACUGCAAAAAACUCGCCAAAAAUCUCCUUAAGGAGCCAGAAAACCGCAACGAUUUCUGCCUCUGGAAGCAGUAUGCACAUCUGGAGUGGUUGCUCGGCAACACGGAAGACGCCAGGAAGGUGUUUGACUCAGCGCUCAGCCUGGCGGGUGGUGGGGAACUGAGGGGGUCCGAGCUCUGGGAGCUCGGCCUCCUCUACGCGCAGCUGGAGCUGGAGCUGGAGCUCUCGGCUGAGGUGAGGGGGGCCGCCGCAGCCCGGGCCGUGCACGUACUGACCAGACUGACGGAGAAUGGGCCCUAUGGGCCCUACUUGGGGCCGGUCUCGGCCGUUCAUGUCCUGAAAGCCCGGAAAGCUUACGAGCACGCGCUGCAGGACUGCCUGGGGCAGAGCUGUGGCUCCGCUCCAGCUCCCGCUGGCCCCACUCACCGCCUCGUGAGCCUGGCCAAGUGCUUCCUGCUCUUCCAGUAUGUAACUGUAGGCAUCGAGGCCGCCGUGCGGCUCUACGAGCAGGUGUGUGCGGGGCUGCGGGGCUCGGUGUGCCCGGGUGGCACUCUCGAGGCUGUCACGCUGCUGCAUACGGGCCUGCUCCGGUUCCACACCAGGGUCCACGUUUACCCCCUGGCUCCCCUGCGCCAGGUGCUCUCAGAGGCGAUACAGCUGUACCCAGACAACCAGCUUCUCUGGAGGGCCUACGUACAGGUUCAGAGCAAGUCCCACGCAGCCAGUAAGACCAGAAGGUUCUUCGAUGCUGUUACCAGGUCCGCCAAAGCCUUGGAGCCUUGGUUGUUCGCGAUUGAAGCUGAGAAAAUGAGGAAGAGGCUGGUGGAGACCGUUCAGAGGGUGGAUGGCAGAGAGGUCCAUGCGACGAUUCCUGAGACCGGCUUGGCUCAUCGGGUCAGAGCCCUGUUUGAAAGCGCGUUGCAGAGUGACCAUGGCCGCCUGUGCCCCUUGCUGUGGAGAAUGUAUUUGAACUUUUUGGUUUCCUUGGGAAACAAAGAAAGGAGCAAAGGCGUGUUCUACAAAGCACUUCAGAAUUGUCCUUGGGCAAAGGCGCUGUACCUGGAUGCCGUGGAGCACUUCCCCGAAGAGAUGCAGGAGGUCCUGGACCUGAUGACGGAGAAGGAGCUCCGGGUGCGCCUGCCCCUGGAGGAGCUGGCGCUUCUGCUGGAGGACUAGAGACCAGGAGGGAACGGGCCCUGCCUUCUAGGCCUCGUUGCCUGCCCUGCCGGAGCUGGGAUGCAUGAGACUGGGGACGCCUGGGUGCGUGUGUUCCAGGAGCUCUGCUUUUGAAGUCUAGCUUUCUUAGUACUUUGUACCUGGGUCAUCGGUUUCUUAUCUCUUGCACAUUUUUUUGGAUGUGCAAAAUGACACAGAAGCUGUUUUUUACACAUUACAUGUGUGAAUAUGUAGAUACGAAUCACGCCUAGUGAUAAGGAAACCUCUCGUGGUUGGCGUGUGCGAGUUUGUGCUCUUCCUCUGCUCCCUGCCCAGCCCCCCCCCCCCAACACGUGCGCCCCGUUGGUUGGCAUUCUUGGGGGUCCUGCCAGGGUUUCUGGGUCUUGUAGUCAUGACAGGAAAGGUCUGGUGACUCUAGAACCUCUUCCCCAGGCCGGUUAGCAGGAGAGCAGAUUUUGCCCUUCUCUUCAGGCCAAUCAGUGGAGUCAUUUAAAACUCAGUGUUCUGGCCUGUAUCAAGUGCAUUAAGUUCCUCAGGGUCCCUAAGCUCUUCUUGACGCCUCCCAGCUGUGGACCAGCAGCACCACCUGGGCGCCUGGCAGAGACGCAGCCUUGCGGGCCCACCUCAGCCCUUCUGAGUCCGGCUGCACUUGAAUGGGACCCCUGGAGACUUACGAGCACGCAAGCGUGGAAGGAACCCCUACUGCAGGAAGCGCACGGGCAGCCAUGCGAGCGGAGUGCGGAAUGGAGCCUGCGGCUUCCUACCAGACCACCCCCUGCCCCUGCCCGCGAGAGGGUCGUGGCAGCCUUCAUCCGGGUGCAGACAGAGGCCAGUAGGUGUCUGAGGAUUAGGAAUGGAAUGAAAUGGACAUCUCUACGUUCAGACCACUUUCUUCUGCAAGGGACAUGCCCGCAGUUAUUAACUGUUAAUAUUGAACUGGGAGGAAACUGCUUUAUCUUCUCUGAGCCCCUGCUCUUAAAAAAAUCAAAACCCUGAUGCCUAGAAUUGCUGAAGUUGUCAUUCCUUGUCAUCCUAUCCAGAAAAACCAGUGUUGUAGAACAGAAAUUUGGGCUAGAAAGAGCUGGAAAAGAAGGGUGACAAGUCAGAGCCCCUGAGGAAGGUGGCUGGCCAGCCAGCCAAGUGGACACUUGCCUUGCCGGGCUUGGACACACGCGUUUGGAUAUGGACCUGCUCUGAAAGGAGAGAAGGGCAAGACAGGGAAGGGGAAGCUUUGAUACGGUUUUGUGCAUCCUAGAGAGAGAUGAGGUUUCCGAACCUAAGAACGAGGGAUGACCUGGGUGGCGAGCGGCAGACGUCAGCCCAGGCCUGUGGAGAUUCCUAGUAGGAACACCACGGCUGCUUUCCUGCCUGAGUGCUGAGAAACCCGCAGGCUCCACAGACCUUCCAAUACAGAAAGCGGUUUCCUUCCAAAGCCACAGCCACACUCUUCCACUGCAGAGACCACUGGCUCUGUGUCACGCCCUCCCACUAGCUGCUGUCCAGCUCUGCCACUAGCUCUGGGCACGUGAGGCAGGGCCAGAGGUGCUGAAAGCCCCCCUAC